AUGGAGCCGCCUAGUGAAAAGCUGGCCGACGAAGAUACCGGCGAGGCUCUCGACUUGCACAGCCGGGUUGGUUCGUCUCUGCGGCCGCGAUGGUUCCCGGUCUCUUGGCGAAUUUUCCUGGGGUAG